AUGGAUGUCAUCCAUGGGAUGCGGGAGGAGAUGGUGAUGAAGAUGGAGAUAGCAUGCGAUGGGUUGGGAUGGAUGACCGAUAGUGGAAGUUUGGCUGAUGAGGGCGACAUGGAAACCCAACCAACAUCAACAAAAAUAAACAAAGCAGGGUCAGACUUCCACUUGCCGAAGACGGAUCGAGUCCCAGGAACAUUCGACCCAAACAGGCCAGGGAUAGCCAAACUUGGCCCGCCGAUUCGUCCAUCGAUUCCAGGGGAGAAUGGUCAUUCGGGACCAAUGGAUUGCGUUGCCUACAGUAGCACUCAACAUGCCACACUGGUCACGCCUGGAACAACUCCAAAAAGGGACGGCACAAGGGCUCACGGGCUCCACGCCAGGGACCAUCCGUCAUCGUCAUCGCACUAG